GAGUCCAAGACAAUCUUUAUUAAUUUGAAAACAUAAUUUCUCGGUUCAGUUGUACUAUUUAACAUCCUGUUUUCAGCGUGAAUACAAUUCUACAGUAAUGAUUUUGGAUUCAAACAAGGUAGUGCAAAGGUGAUGCGUUGUUUCUCAUGUAUCAAUGAGUCAUAUUUCAGCAUCUCACGACAAAAUUCGAGAUUGGUUGGUCAUGCCUAGCUGAACCAACAGCUUACAGUUACAGUGAUGCACCGCGCGCUUGUACUCUGCUGCAUCUAGACUCGGAUGCGACAUCAUGAUAGGCAAGCGAGUACUCGCCGGUACUUCCGGUGCCAAGUUCGGGAAUCUGCGUUUCGCGACAAGCGGCCUACCGAAUUUUAGAACUACUACUGUUGCUGCGAUCGAGACACCGUGCCUACCGAACAUUAGAGCUACUUCCGAGAGCUGCCUACCAAACAGCUGGACCACUAGAUCCGCACAUUCUGAACCAGCAUGCCUACCGUGCGUUGGAACUACUACGCCUGUGACUUUAGGGACAAUAUGCCUACCUGGGACUUCAGAAACAUCAUGCCUGCCGAGCAUUGGAGCUACUACACUUUCGUGGAGGACAUCCAGAAGAGGCUUUGCAAGCUAUUCCGCAGUACUCGACUACGGGGAAGUGCCGACUCCGAAGGGUCUGCCGGUCAUUGGAACAACAUUGUCCCUAAUUUUGGCUGGUGGUCCGAAAAAGUUACAUAAAUACAUAGAUCGCAGGCAUACAGAGUUAGGAUCGAUUUUCAAGGACAAUGUGGGCCCGGUGACUGCCGUGUUUGUAUCUGAACCUGAAGAAAUGAGGAAGGUUUUCGCCAAUGAAGGAAAGUACCCGGUCCAUAUCAAACCCGAAGCCUGGCUAGUAUAUAACAAGAAACAUGACUGCACAAGAGGCUUAUUUUUCAUGGACGGAGAAGAUUGGCUAACUUACAGAAGGAAAAUGAACAGACUGCUUCUCAAAGGCGAUUUGACGUGGAUUGAAGAAUGUUGUGAAGCAAGCAAUGACGUGUUUUUAGAGCAGAUAGCACGGACUUCUGGUCAGGAGUUCGGAGAUCUGGAAAGGAGGCUGUACAAGUGGUCUACAGACACUGUCCUAGCCGUUUUGAUGGGUGCUGAGUCAUAUAGGACUAACUAUAAGAAAAUCGAAAACCUUGCAACCAUCCUUGCAGAUGACGUAAAGCAAGUUUUCGAAACCACCUGCAAACUUCAAUUAAUCCCAGCAACUCUAGCUGAAAAGUCCAACAUAUCCAGAUGGAAGACAUUUGAAAGAACUGUCACCAGAGCACUGAACACUGCCAAUCAAACAUUGGACUUUUUAGACAAAUACGUUGAAAAAGAUGAAGGGUUACUGGUCAAAAUGCGUGAAGAAGGUAUAGAAGAUGACAAAAUGAGGACUAUUGUAGUCGAUUUGAUGCUGGGUGCUGGAGAUACGACCUCAAAUACCAUGGUUUGGGCACUUUACUUACUUGGACGGAACACUGAGAUGCAAGACAGCUUGAGGAAGGAUUUGGGUGACUCCAUGUUGAGAAAUACGGUAAAGGAAACCCUUCGACUCUAUCCGGCAGCGCCAUUUUUAACGCGCGUUUUACCGGAUGCAAUCGCGGUUGGCGGUUAUCAGAUUCCAAGGCACACCCUGAUCGUGAUGUCAAUUUACACCAGCGGACGAGACAAACGGUUCUUUACGGACCCGGAGGAAUUUAUGCCGGCAAGAUGGUGUCGAGACUAUUCAGCAGCUACUCCUCUUCAGCAAAAUGCCAGUCUUCCUUUUGGAAUAGGAGCUAGAUCAUGUGUUGGAAGAAAGAUUGCUGAAGCACAAUUGCAAGGAGCCUUGGGAAGAAUACUAAGAGAGUACAAGAUUCAGCUGUGCGAUGAGAAGCAAAUCGAAGACGUUCUAGAGAUGAUUACCAAACCUGAAAGGCCUGUGAAACUAACUUUCAAUAAGAUUUAGUGACUAACAGUUUUAUAUCGGAUAUUUUAUUUCUUUAAAUAAAUAUUAACUGGAAGAAGAA